CGGGAAUAGAAGUGCAGAGGGGAAAGGAAAAAAAAACUGGAAGUUGAUAAUUUUUUGUAGAUUAAGCAACUGCACCCCUCCCCUACUUUCUCUCUUUCUCGCUCUCCAAUUCUUUGAUUGGUAAAGACGCGCUAGAGUCCGGCCUUCUCCCUCCGUUCGGAAGAAGCGAAAUCAGCCAAUCUACGAGCCUGCUGCUCUUCCUCGCCUGAAGAGAAACCAGAGGAAAGAGAAAGAGAAAGAUGAUGGCAAUAUCCUUUUCCCCAGUUGAAACUCCCAGAUCUAUAAAUGGGAUCCUCCGGAGGAGAUCCUAGAAGAGAGAGAGAGAGAGAGAGAGAUGGUUAGGUUGAGGAUCUGAUCUCGUCACCCUUUCAUCCGUGAACGAGGAAAAGCGGAAACUGCGUUAAGGAUUUGUACGCAGGGAAAUCGAUGGGUUGGAGGUAUAAGGCUGGGCUGUUCCUGAUUGCAACAGUCGUUUUCAUCUGGGUUACUUCUGCAGAGGUUACGCAGAAAAUAUUUACGGACUAUAAACAACCAUUUGCACUUACCUAUCUGGGGGCAUCUCUUAUGGUCAUUUAUCUACCCAUUGCUGCAAUCAAGGAGUGGAUAUGUCAUGCAAUCAACAGGUGCUCGUCAAAGAGGAGAAACCCAGAAUCUAUUGAUAAGUCCUCUACCGGGGUUGAUUCACCUUUGAAGUAUGAGAUGGUUCCGACAAGCUUGGAACUGGAGUUGCCAAGUACUCUGACUAAAAAGGACAGUGAACUGGACCUUUCUGCACAAGAAGAAGGGAACCCUUUGCUCCCUAGACAGAGGGAGGACUUGGACAUGAUGGGGCAAAACAAAGCACUCACAGACAGGGAAAUUGCUACAUAUGGCUUUUACCUUGCCCCAGUCUGGUUUGUAACUGAGUAUUUAUCAAAUGCUGCACUUGCUCGAACCAGUGUUGCAAGUACGACAGUGUUAUCUUCAACUUCAGGCCUCUUCACACUUUUUGGUGUCUUUUUGAAACAAGACUCCAUAAGUGUAGCAAAAGUUGUUGCAGUAUUUGUCAGUAUGGCUGGAGUUGUCAUGACUACCCUUGGGAAGACAUGGGCUACUGACGAGUCACAGGCCAGUGCUGCAGGAAACACAAAGCGUUCUUUAGUAGGGGAUCUCUUUGGCCUUCUUUCUGCUGUGACAUAUGGCUUAUUCACUGUCCUUCUCAAGAAGUUUUCUGGAGCUGAAGGAGAAAAAAUUGAUGUUCAGAAGUUCUUUGGUUACAUUGGCUUGUUCACACUUGUUGCACUGUGGUGGCUUGUAUGGCCACUGACUGCCUUAGGGAUUGAACCAAAGUUUAGCAUCCCUCAUUCUGCUAAGGUGGAUGAAGUGGUGCUUGCUAAUGGUCUUAUUGGAAGUGUUCUCUCAGAUUAUUUCUGGGCGCUUUCUGUAGUUUGGACGACACCCCUAGUUGCCACCUUAGGCAUGUCUCUCACAAUACCGCUAGCAAUGAUUGCAGACAUGGUUAUUCAUGGACGCCAUUUUUCAGCAGUGUAUAUUCUUGGUUCAAUUCAGGUGUUCGCCGGUUUUGUUAUUGCCAAUGUUUCAGACAGCUGUUCCCGUAAGAUGGGUUAUAGUCACAACAUUGCCAAUUAAAUAUCAGCCUUGCAUUCUUUGUCCUUGUUAUUGUUGUGUGAGUGGAAGUUCCAAUUUUACUUCCCAGCUGUACAGGCCUCGAAAAAUGCACUUCGUGACUAAUUUGGUUUUUGAAGGUAUAAUUAAUGCGAUUUUUUUGGCUCCUUCAUAGGAGAAGAUAGAAUAACUGAUGUUCUCGCUUGUUAGUGUCUCAGUUAA